UCACGUGGCCGGUGCCCGGCGUUGCCGUGGCAGCGGCGGAGGCGGCUCCGGCUCUGGCUCCCGAUCCCGCUCCUGCUGCCUCUCCCGCUCCCGGUCCCUCUCCCGGGACUCCCGGCCCGGCCCCGGACAGCAGCGCGCCCUUGGAGCCCUUCACUCAGUCCCUCCAUGUCCAUAGCCAGCAAGCAUUUCUYUCACCAUGAGUUCUGAAUUAAAUGUUCCGGUGGAUCCUUCCACUCCUGCUUGCUGCUCUGAGCCUGGCACAAAGGGCAUGGAUUAUCGGGACUGGGUCCGGCGCAGCUACCUGGAAUUGGUCACCUCCAACCACCACUCUGUUCAAGCCCUUUCCUGGAGAAAAUUGUACCUGAGCCGAGCCAAACUGAAAGCUUCCAGCAGAACCUCUGCUCUGCUCUCUGGAUUUGCAAUGGUGGCCAUGGUGGAGGUGCAGCUGGAGGUGCAGUACAAGUACCCCCAGAUGCUGCUGAUCGCCUUCAGCGCCUGCACGACGGUGCUCGUGGCCGUCCACCUCUUCGCCCUCCUCAUCAGCACCUGCAUCCUGCCCAACGUGGAAGCCGUGAGCAACAUCCACAACCUGAACUCCAUCAGCGAGUCCCCRCACGAGCGCAUGCACCCCUACAUCGAGCUGGCCUGGGGCUUCUCCACYGUCCUGGGAAUCCUCCUUUUCCUCGCAGAAGUCGUGCUCCUGUGCUGGAUAAAAUUCCUGCCGGUGGGCUCCAUCCUGAAAAACGAGACCACCAACGUGGAGAAGCCCAGCAGCCAUGCAGGGUGGCAGUCGGCACUGGUGUCCACCAUCAUCAUGGUCCCUGUGGGUCUGAUUUUUGUCGUCUUCACCAUUCAUUUCUACCGCUCCUUGGUGCGGCACAAAACGGAGCGGCACAACCGGGAGAUCGAGGAGCUCCACAAACUGAAAGUGCAGCUAGAUGGGCAUGACAGAGGCAUGCAGGUGGUGUGACAGAGCCUGCAYGUAGCUCAGCCAGGGCUGAGAGCAAAAUACCUGGUGUGCUGCUUGGUGAGACGCACCAGGGAUGGAUUGUCUUGAGGCUUAAAUCUGUAAAUGCUACUUGCCUGCCAUUUCUAGCUGUGGGUUCUCGUGCUGUUCCACAUGCUGGGGGGUCUGCCCUGAUUCUGGUGCAACACACUUGGUACUUAAGUUGACACUGCCGUGGUGUUCAAGGUCAAAACUUUAUCUACCUUAUUGUUGGUAGCCAAAAAAUCUGUAUUUUUUACAAAUGCAAUAUUCUGUUGCCAAAAAUGAAACUGCGUCAGCUGUCCCAAAAUCCUCUGUGUGUGUGUGUGUGUGUGUGUGUGUAGGACCUGUCUUAUGUGUCAGAACUCCCUGGCUGUCAGUGCAGCCACAAUUAACUGGCAGCUCAAUUCCAGAGCAGAGCUGGUUAAUGUGGGUACCUGCAGCUGACUCAAGGACAUCCAGGAAAGCACAACAGAAAUGGAGAGUGUCGAUCACCAUUGUUCCAAAGCAAGUAUUCCAUAAAUACGUAAYCAGAAAGAAAACAUGCUUAGUUUUUAUGUUCUUUUCUUGCUAUUCUUUACUAUCUUUUUACAGCUUGGGAGGUAGRAUUUUGAGUUGCAGGAGGCUGGGAAGUUCUCUCGUACUUUCUUCAGCUGCGUCUGUCACUUUAGAUUGAGUAAGUGCCAAGAUCAUGUGUUUUUUCCCAAUAAGAGGCAAGAGUGCCCAGGGAAGGCUUACAGGUGUUUUAGUUUUAACAAGGACGUUCUUAAAACAGAACAGUGACAGGGAAUUUAAUGAGACAAGACUUUGAAGGACUAACAAAGCAAGUUUCAAGGAGGUAAAGGAGUGACAGCAAGUAUUUCAGAAAYCUGCCGCUGCAUCUUCUUCAUUUGUGCAUUGCUGCGAUGCCUUUUGCCUGAGAGAACAAGCCCAGUCCUGUGUUAUUUCAUCAUUURGGUUUUCAGGUUUUUUUUUUSUUUUUUUAAUUGGCUGUAGCAUUUUUUCUGUCAGAAAUGAAUGCUUCCUUCUCCCUUCACCAAAGCAGACAACUCCUCUGGUGGAACCUGGAGCUGUCCUGGCGAGCCUGAUGGAGCCGGAUCCGGCAGGAAUGCUGUGAGCCAUUAAAGAGCUAUCCCUUUCCUUUGAGCUCAUUUCUGUUUUCAGCAGCUGAGACAAUGAUACUUGCAUGUCUGUGUUGCUUAACAAGGGAAGCUUGUAAAUUCCAUAGCAUCCUCGUGGGUGAAAACUUCUGUAAAAAAAAAAAAAAAGUUAUGAUUUUUGGUGACUUUUUGGAGAGAAGAGAGUGUCUUGCAAUCAUCAGCUCUUUUAAGGGAAAAUCAGGCUUUCUGCCACACAGGGCUGCAAGAAGCAUAAGCACAUUUUCUUGGCCCUGAUCCUGUGCUGGUUUCCUCCUCUGCACUCAAAAACUGCAGUUUCAGAGUCUCCGAGGCCUUACAGGUUUCUGAAAUCAUUAAGGAUGUUUAUAAAGUUCUGUUUAACCCUGGUCUCUUUUYCCCCUGGGAUUUGAGAACUCUAAUGGCAGUGUAUUACAUGUCAGCUUCCCAGAAGGGAGAGCACAGGCCARCCCCAGGGCAGCAGGGUGAGACUAUCCCAAUACUCCUCUCUGGCUAGGGCCUUGGGAAACCAACUCUCAUCUCUCUUGUUUACAUGUGAAUGUGAGCAUUGCUGAACAAGUUGCUUAGCACUGUGUCUGUGGCUUUCAUCUGCUGUUCUUGCUGCAGUUGGCAUGUACUGUAUUGGCUGAUGUGCAGCAAAGAAAAUAGGCUUUGUGUGCUAAAUGACUAAUCUGUACUCAUGUGCAUAUGCAAAAAAACAAGGAGUGUCCUCCAGGAAGUGGGGUGGUCGUGCAAUUCAUAUGAACUCCCCAGGACUCUGCCCUCUCUCCCUCCUCUUUUUACUGUAAUAAAAAUUAAAAGGUUUAUACAACAGCAUCAGAGUUGAGUUUUCUGCCAAGUGCUACACGUGUUGGCUCCUCCACCAACAGAAUUUCUGUUGUGAGGCCAGAGCCAGACCAGAUGGGAUGAAUCUCUCAUCUGUACUUUGCACUCUCCUUUAACACCAGUAAUAGGAGAACCUUGUGUGCUCAGGGGUUCAGGAGGCUAUCAAGGAAAGUAUUGCACCCUUUUUGCAAAUUUUUUUUUUUUUAUUUCCCCCUGUGCAUACAAUCCUGCAAAAGUAAUGCAGCUUGUUUGGAAAGAGCCAAAUCAUUGAUUUAAUUUUUUGCAAAUGCAAUAAACUUCAGCAAAUGGAGAAAUGCAGCAGAAACUGCUUGGAUUUUGUAGAAUAAUUUACUGAGGCUUUGRUGGGAUUGGAUUCAAGAUCAGUCUCAAGGCAGUGCAUCUGUGACUGGAGUGGGAUCGCCUUACUCCAAGGGGGAGCCUGAGGUACAGUUUGGGAUGGUGUCCCAAGGGCAAAUGCACUUAAAACAGAAUAAUAACAUGCUUUCCUAUCCUUGCUUCUAGCUCUGUUUCUUGUGUCUCUCUGGGCACUGAGUUUUCCCUUCCAUGAGAAACCCACGGGGUAUUUUUGCUUUCUGAUUCUGGGAUCUCUCAAGGUUACCCAUCAACUUCAUGCCRUAACUCUUCUUUCCCAACAACACAYUUGCUUUUCUUGCUUCUGCCUCUCUUCCUCCAACUUGUUUACAUUUUCACCACUGUUGGGUCCAGGCUUAUGCUGCAGAACGGUUACCCUUGUUCCAGCUGUGGGAAUUCAUCCAUAAAGCAAGGAGUAGGGAUGUUGUCCAGCUGGGUGUUUCUGUGCUACAGCACCAGAAAAUCCUCCCUGCUCCUGCUGCUGCCCCUGUGGCUGUCAGCAGGACUCUCAUCAGUCAAGCCAGCCUUUCCACACUGUCACUGCUGUCCCAGCAGRGCUGGCAGCUCUCUGUGUCACGUCUGGCUUUGUCUGCCUGUGCUUAGCCACGUCAGUCCUGUGCCGUCACCUCUCUGUCUUUCCUGGGGUGUCUGUCAUUCCUGGAGUGUCCCAGGUUUUGUGUGGCUGUGAUCCUGCAAUGCCUGAGUGGAGCUGCUUCUCCCAAGAGUUCCACCCUCAGCUGGGUACCUGUGUUGAGGAUCUCCUCUGGCAUGUGUUGGCUUCCUGUGCCAGCCUUGGGCCCUGGGCUCUCUGGACCAGUUAUCACCUUCUUUGGGCUAUUUCUCCAAUUUUUGCACUGGAGCUUAGCACAGGGACAGUCAUGGUCUUGCUUCAAAGUCCUGAGUCUUCCUCCAGAUAUUUUUUUGAUAGCAUUUGCCCAGCAGAAAAAUGCUUCUGCAGGCUCCCAGCACUGCAGGCACCCUGCCUAACCACCCUAAAGCAGGCAAGAGCUCUCAAAGACAGGGGGACAGCACUUCUUUGUGUCAUUCCUGGGCACCAGCCUUGGCUUAGGAGGCAAUUCCUCUCUUUCUAAGACUCUUAGCAGGAGUAAAGAAGGGGCACAACCGCGAGCUGGAGGGAGCAGGAUCGGGUUCUCCCUUUGCCGCGUUUAGUGGCAGCUCUCCCUAUUUUUAACAUCGCCCCGGGGCAGGCCGGGGCUCCCUGUUUCUGUGGAUUGGAGGCUCUCGGGGAGCCUUUACGACCGGUGGAGAUGGAGUCGUGUUGGGUUUGACCAUGUGACGGAUGAAAGCGAUACCGUGCGAGAGCCCCGGGCGGAGCGGGCGCUGCCGUAAGCGCUCAGAUAUGUGGAAGUGUUUGUGGAGAGCGCUGGGGUGGGUGCAGCUGCAGAGCGAACAUCCUUCCACAUCCUUCCGCUCCCUGCCUCUGGGAUGUGGGGACGGGCAAUCCCARUUUGCCUCGAGGUUACCUGCGCUGGGUUCGGGGGUGGAGGUGCUCCUCCUGUCUUUCUGUGGGAUUUCACAAUGUGCUUUCCUUUUUCUGCCUUCGAGCAAACAAAAGGUCUUUGAGUUUCCCUGCUGCUGUAGAUUUCUUAUCUUUUAAAUCUGAUUGCACCAACUUCUAAGACAACUUCCUCAACAUCCCACCCCCAAGAUGCAAUCUCAAAUUCAGAUGGGCCAGAGGGGUUGUUUUCUGRUUAACUCACAGGCUCUCUCCUCUACACCCAUCUCAAAGCAGUUUCAGUAAUUACAAUUGACUGGCUGGAUUUGGAGAGUAUUUCCCUGAAUCCCUGUGUCCAACUGGGAGCUUGCUCUCUGCCCAGAAGUGUGACAGCCAUGAGUGCUAAGAGGAAAAAAAAAAGUGUAUUUUAGCUUUGCUUCUUGUUUUGCCUCUGCAUGAGCAAUAUUUAAUGUGGAACAAUGAAUGUAUCUCAGUUAUUGUCCAGCUGUUUGAGAGAAACUGGAUAAACUUGCUCAGUUUUAUGCUUCUUGGUGAUUUCAGACUGAUUUUUUGAAAGGCAGCUCAAGUCCUCCAGCAUCCUCUAUGGGUUAACUUGGGUUCUGCCUUCUUGAAAAAAUGCUUGGUGAGAUAUUAUUAUUCUCCUUUUGCAAUGCACAAGGAGAUAACAAUUAAAUGCACUUCCUUUUAAUGAGGGUCUGGGUCUUGGCAUGUGUUUUACAAGGAGGUUAAGGAGAUAGUUAAGGAGGCAAACAGCUGUGAAAGGAACUCCUAUAACAGGAAGACCAUUAAAGUUUGUCUUAAUAAUACCAGCUUAGUGGACAAAAUUACUUUCAAGAGCUCAUUAAUUGAGGUUAAAAGAUCCUUAUACUUUUCUCAGAUUUCUAUGGUACUUGACAGUUAAAUUGUUCAUGUUUUGUAACACUGCAAAACAGGAUUUUCUUUCACUUUUUUCUGGCUUUUUAUAAGCGAAUGUACAACAAGUUUUAAGGAGUAAUAUUGAAGAUGGGUGUGCAAUUGCAUUUUGAUCUAAGGAUGAUGCCCAAAAGGCUGUCUAGUAGGUGAAAAAUGUCAAAAGAUUGGCACAGCAAUGCCUGUGUAGUGACUAGAUUAAGUUUUGGACUUCAAAAACACCAAGAAAAAGCCCUUAGUUUUUGGCUCAGUAUUUAAUUAUUUGCAUUUUUUCACAUCUAAGAUAGCAACUAGGAAGAGCUGGAAUCUUCUGGCAAGAACAGCAGCUUCCUGCAUAAUUCAAUCGAAGCAGAAAAAGUCAGCCAGCAAUUGCAGAGCACAAAAUGAACUAACACWCUGUAAGUUAUUGUGGCAAUCUGAUGCAUCAGAAUCCAUCAUCUGCUUUCACUGUGGAGAGAAUGGAGCAGCAGGGACACACACAGAAAAGUGUUUUAGCAGCCUGAGAGCACAAUAUAAAUGUAAAAGGGACUGUUGGAAAUUAGGGCCAAGCAUUAAUGGCAAUACUUGACUGCUGCAGAGUGGUGAGCAGAGAGCAGAUCGAUGGAGAGCCUUGGAACUGAAGGGUGAGGAGGAUGCAGGUGCAGUGUUUGCUCUCUCUGUGACAGCCUGCACUGGGUUUCCUCCCUGGGUGUCUGUGCCAGGCUCAGCCUCCUCCUCCUGCUGGGACAAAGCCCCUCURCUCCAACAGCAGCUCCAGGUGCUGUCUUGGGGACAUCCCUCUGCAGAUGCUGCCGAGCCCUGUGGACACCAGGCUGUGCAAAAAGGUGAGGAACUGCUGCUCUGAGAGCACUCCCUGCUUUGGGGAGUGAGCUGGACAAUCCCAGAAUGGGUUGGGUUGGAAGGGACUUUAAUGAUCAUCCACUUGCACCUCCUGCCAUGGGCAGGGACACCUUGCACUAGACCAGGUUGCUCCUACCUGGCCUAGGACACUUCCAGGGAUGGGGCAGCCACAGCUUCUCUGGGCACCCUGUGCCAGGGCCUCACCCCCUUCACAGGUAAGAAUUUCAUCCUAAUACCUAAUCUAGAUCUAUCCUCUUUCAGUUGCAGCCUGUGAGGUAUUUCCUGGGACUGAGCUCGCUGUGAGCAGGCAUGGCUUGCCUGUUGUGUUCCUGUGUUUGUACUGAAGAGGAUCCAUCAGAGAGGAUGUGCCAUGACUUCCAAAACUGCUGCUGGAGCUCCUGGAGUGGUGGACACUCGCCAGCCCACCUGGAUGGAGGUUUGGAGUUUGGGACUGCCCAUGGGAGUCCUGCUACUAGGUUCCUGCUGCACUGACCAAACCAGCCCUCAAAGAGCUCUGGUUGUAUCUGUUGGCUWAAACUGCUAAAAAAAUAUCCUGAUUGACCCAUCUGCUUUCUACUGACUGUUCUGGGUGAAGAGCUCCCUCCCCUGCAGUGCCCAAAGCAGAGGGCAGUGCCUGUGGCAGGAGUGCUUUACUGUGCAGCAAAUGCUGUGCCAAGGAGGUSCUUCUAGGGCAGAGCACAGCAGUGCAGGCAUGCUGAGAUUCCCUGGACAAAUGUCCCCUUUCCUUACCAACUAAAACCAGGCAGCACUGCCUGGUGGUGGCAAGCUGGUGUUUUCCUGUGCUGAAUGGCUUUCAUGGCACCACCGUGUUUAUUAAACGAUCACGCUUCUUCCACAGCACAACUUCAUUUUCAAGAGCACAGAAGUUUGUUCAGAGCAGACAGAUGGCCUCAGAUCAGCUUCUGCUGUAAAUGACUGUUUGAAUCUUAGGUACGAGGCAUGAUUCAAACCUGACUGCUGGAGGUGCCAGGAAAAUAAAUGAUAGCUGCCAGGGUUGCAGUCUGUUGCCCAGCUAAUUCCCAAAAUCAGACUCUUGCUACUGAGAGCUGACAGCGGGGUUCAGAGAUGACAAAUGAUCAGAAAAUAACACAGUCUGUGCAGGCCUUUGGUCUGAUCUCUGGCCAAGCCCAAAGAGUCAGCAUUGGCUCUCUGCAAAUGCUGCCCUUGGGUCCCAGAAGAUACAGGUCACACAUGGAAUUUAUGAAAAAUCCUCAU